UGUGAGUGUUCAAAGAGAAGAAGAAGCACAAAAAAUAUUUUCCGAAAACAAACUAAAUUUUCUUUUACAAUUUAUGUAUAAUGGAAAAAGAGAGUUUAUUUCUUAUUUUUCUUAAACUAAAAUAGUUGUCUGGGAAAAAACUGAGGGUAAAGGGUUCCGGAACGGGAUUAUUAAACUGGUGAGCCUUGCAUGACGACCCAAUGAUGAAUAUGACUGGAGGCGGCGCAGGUCCCCAGGCGGGACCGAACAGCAGCUGCAAUAUCCCCAAUAGUUCCCUCCUUGCUACCGCUCCAGUAGCUGCCACAAUGCCGAUUGCACAACUGGCAGACGGCUGGCUAGAACUGGAAUCAGAUCCUGGUCUCUUCACCCUUCUCCUAGAGGACUUUGGCUGUCAUGAUGUACAGGUGGAGGAAGUAUACGAUCUCCAGAAACCCAUCGAGAGCCCCUAUGGGUUUAUUUUCCUUUUUCGCUGGAUCGAAGAGAGGCGAGCUCGACGGAAAAUAGUCGAAACUACAGCGGAGAUUUUCGUCAAGGACGAGGAGGCCAUUUCAAGCAUCUUCUUUGCCCAGCAGGUGGUGCCUAAUAGCUGCGCCACUCACGCCCUGCUUUCUGUUCUGCUGAACUGCAACGAAAACAAUCUACAGUUGGGGGACACUCUCAGUCGUCUUAAGGCGCACACCAAGGGCAUGAGUCCAGAGAACAAGGGACUGGCCAUUGGCAACACCCCAGAACUGGCCUGUGCCCACAAUUCACACGCCAUGCCGCAAGCCAGACGCCGUCUAGAGCGUACUGGAGCUGGUGUCUCCAGCUGCCGCUUCACCGGUGAGGCGUUUCACUUUGUUAGUUUUGUGCCCAUCAACGGACAGCUGUUUGAGCUGGAUGGCUUGAAACCAUAUCCGAUGAAUCACGGCGGCUGGGAGGAUCACGAGGACUGGACUGACAAGUUUCGACGAGUGAUGACAGAGAGACUAGGCAUCGCCACCGGGGAGCAAGAUAUCCGAUUCAACCUUAUGGCUGUGGUUCCCGACAGGCGUAUCGCCAUAACUCACAAGUUGAAGAUGCUGCGCACCAAUCAGGCCAUCGUUUCGGGCACUUUGCAGAAGCUGCUGAAGGCGGACGAGCAAGGAGAAGGAGGAAAUGGAGAUCCCCAGCGACCUGACACGCCCAGUACACUCCUAGAACCGAGUGCGUUCACGGCACGGGAUCUGCAGUCUCUGCUAAAGAAUUUGGACACUGAGAUUGCCAUAAAUGAGCAGCACCUGGCCGAUGAAAACGACCGGCGGCACAAGUUCAAGGUGGACGCAAGCCGUCGGACACAUAACUACGAUAAGUUCAUUUGUACUUUCCUCUCCAUGCUGGCCCAUCAGGGAGUCCUGGGCGAGCUGGUCAGCCAGCACCUGCUGCCCUCGAAAAAGAUCAGUGGCCAGAGUGCAGCCAACCGAUUAAAUAAGCAGAGCAAUGCCACUGCCAAUGCGGGUGCCACGGCUGCAGGAGCAGCUGGGGCAGCGCCAAAGAGCCAGCAGCAACAGGCAGCCGCCGCUAAGAAUGGGAAAUCUCCCAGCAAAACUCCGGGCAGGAGGCGAAAGGGUCGCAACAAGUGCAAGAAGAGAAAGUAAUCGAAGGAGUUAUAUAUAUUAUAUAUAUGUUUUAAUAAUAGAUUUGCAUUUACUAUGCAUUCCAGUAUAGUUUUAUUAAUAUCUCCCACCAUUAACUAUUAACCAUUAUCAUUAUUACUUCAUUUAAUUCGCAUAAGUUUAGCCUAAGUGCCAUCCCCACCCCCUGAACACAAACACGAGAUGAACCUGGCAGUUUUUAUAUCUUUAUUUGAUCGCUUGGUCGACCAUUUUAAUAAUAAAAAACACUGUUCAUAUGAUUAAAUGAUCUGCUGUCCUUGAUGCACCAAGGACCCAAAGUGUAUGCAUUACAUA